AUGGAUAUUUUAAGUAAAGAUACAGAUGAGACUAAGGAAGACGAUAUUUCGUGCGCAUCGUGUUUAAAUGGAUUAGACAAUGAGGAAUUUAUUACAGCUCUCGGCCAGAAUUACCAUAUUGAUUGCUUUCGCUGUUCAGUAUGCGACCGUGAAAUGUGGAACACGAAUUUUUAUUUUGAAAAGGAUGGAUUGCUUUUCUGUAAAGAUGAUUACUGGCAGAAAUUUGGUGCAUGCUGUCAAGAAUGUGGUGAAUUAGUGAGUGGGCCGAUUAUGAUAUCUGGUGAUCAUCGUUUUCAUCCUGAAUGUUUUUGUUGUAAAAUUUGUAAAAGUGUUAUUGGUGAUGGCGAUUCGUAUGCCUUGAUUGAUCGUACGAACUUGUUCUGUGGCUCAUGUUAUCGUCGACAAAUGCCAUCGAGUCAAAUACAACACAAGUUUCCAACAGAACCGACAGCUAAAGUCACAAUCAUCAAGAAGCCACCACAUUCAAUUAGAUUAGUUGAAAUACCAUGGAAAAGUGAUAAUAAAAAUUCCAUUCGUAUCUCAGUCGAUGAGGAAACAUCAAGUGGACAUAACUCGAAUAAAUCGACUCGAUGUCGUGGCGUUAGGAUAUCUGAUCUGUUUUGCUCAUUCUAUGGACGAUGGGGAAAAUAUUUUUGUUCCAUGCUUGAUCCUACAUUGAUUGAUUUCUGUUGUGGUAAUGGUGGGAGCUCUAGGCUUGACGAAAACCCAGAUUUGAUGGCCCUACAUAUUGGCGAUAGAAUCAUUGAUAUUAAUGGACAUUCGGUCGAAAAGUCAAGCUCUUUAAAGGAUCUUCAAAAAAUAAUUGACGACACAGAUCGAGUGCUACAAUUAACAAUCGAACAUGAGCCUAAUACAAUAACAAGACGAAAUCCAAUCUCGGGUGAAUUAGAAUUUUUAUCGACACAGACAGUCAGUCGAAAUGGAUCAUCAACAUCAAUAUGUCCUGCAACGGCUGAAUAUCCAGCAAUGAUGAUGUUACCGCCAGUACCUAAAUUAGAUAAAGCAAAAAUAGCAAUACGUAUGGAUGAAGGAUAUAUGAGCGGCACGCCAAAGAAAAUGCAUAAAUUAAUAAGGAAUCAAAAACAGCCUAAUCAAAAGAAUAAUAGUAAUAGUAAUAAUAAUAAUAAUAAUAGUAAGCAGCCAACAAAAUACAAUUGUGAACAAUCAUCAAAUUCAUUGCGAGAUGGCAAAGAGAGAAGUAGUAGCAUGUCAAAAUUAUUACUUGGUGGUAAUGUUAACACAACAGAUGGACCGAAUCAAAUGUAUGAUCUCUCACGUACGAAAAGUUUUAGAGUAGAGCCACAGAAUGGAUAUAAUACUCAAAGAAUAUUUCGUGCCUCAGAUUUAGUUAUAGGUGAAAUGCUAGGUCGUGGAUUCUUUGGUCAAGUGUAUCGUGUGACACAUAAAGAAACUAAGGAAGUUAUGGUACUUAAGGAACUCUAUAAAUGGGUCGAUGAAGAUGCUCAGAGGAAUUUUUUAAAGGAAGUCGCUGUCCUUCGUUCAUUACAUCAUCGAAAUGUAUUAAGAUUCAUUGGUGUGCUGUAUAAAGAGAAGAAAUUACAUUUAAUUACUGAAUAUGUCAAUGGCGGUGCUUUAGGUUCAUUACUACAAUCAAGUGUUAAAUUAUCGUGGUCAGAUAAAAUUCAUUUCGCAUGUGAUAUAAGUAAAGGAAUGAGUUAUUUACAUUCCAUGAACAUUAUUCAUCGCGAUUUAAACUCAGGCAAUUGUCUAGUACGUGAUGUCGGUAAAGAUCGGACAGUUGUGGUCGCUGAUUUUGGAUUAUCAAAGUUAUGUAAAACAUCAGACAGUACUGGAACUGUAAUAAAUCGAAAGAGUCAGCAUGUGAGAAGAAAAAGAUAUACAGUCGUUGGAACUCCAUGGUAUAUGGCACCGGAAAUGUUGAAAGGUAAUAAGUAUGAUGAAAAAGUUGAUCUUUUCUCAUUUGGAAUUAUUAUGUGUGAGAUCAUUUCGCGUGCAUCAGCAGAUCCUGAUUUUAUGCCUCGAACAGACAAUUUUGGACUGAAUAAGCAGCAAUUUAUUGAAAUGUUCUGCAUGCAUCCAAACGAUCACUGUCCAGAGAUAUUUUAUCGUAUUGCUUUUCUCUGCUGUGAUCUUAAUCCUGAUAAACGUCCGUCAUUUAACUUACUACAAGAAUGGUUUGAUCGAAUCACCGUUCAUUGUGCCAUUUUGGGUACGUUUCACAGUCAACUGCCGUCAGAUCUCAUAAAUGAAAUUUAUACUUUUAAUGGUGACUAUUCUGUCCAUAAUUCUCCAAAUUCAUCUGUUACUGAAUUUAAAGCUCUCGAGACACAGCAGCAGCCAAUAAAAUUUACCAUAGAAUCACCAACGCCCCCACCCGUUGUCACUAGUGUUGAUUGUACGGAUUCAUCUCCUGAAAAAGAUGCUAAAGAAGUGCCUGAAAUGAUUAUUUCUCGUACCUUAUCGCCACAUCUUGCGAAAGAUUUCACACCAAACGGUGAUCGUAUUAGAGAUUCGUGGAGGGCGAGACGUAAACAAAAAAUUAGGGAUAAUAGACUACGUGUUAAAAAGGACAUGCCUAGUAAUAAUACUACUGCAACUGAAUCAAUUCAUAAAAAACCAACCGUUAAUGGAAACACGUGA